GCGCUCCGGGCGCUCCCGCCGGCCAUGACCGGCGAGAAGCUCCGCUCGCUGCGCAGGGACCACAAACCCAGCAAGGAGGACGGGGACCUGCUGGCGGCCGGCGAGGACGAGGCGGCCGCGGCGCCCGGGGGCGCCUUCACGGGCGGGAAGGGCGGGCGGGCCGGGGGGCACCGCGGGCCCGGCGCUCACCGGCACCGCCCGCCGGCCCGGGCCGCCCCCGCCGGGCCCGAGCGCGGCCCCUUCCCCGUGCACGAGUGCGUGUUCAAGGGGGACGUGCGGCGGCUCUCGGCGCUCAUCCGCACCCAGGGCAUCGCCCAGAAGGACAGUCACGGAAACACUCCUUUACAUCUUGCUGUGAUGUUGGGACAUAAAGAAUGUGCCCACCUGCUUUUAGCCCAUAAUGCUCCAGUAAAGGUGAAAAACGCUCAGGGAUGGAGCCCUCUGGCCGAAGCCAUCAGCUAUGGAGACAGACAGAUGAUUUCAGCACUCCUGAGGAAGCUCAAGCAGCAAUCCAGGGAAAGUGUUGAAGAGAAGCGACCUCGGUUAUUGAAAGCCCUGAAAGAGCUAGGUGACUUCUAUCUAGAGCUUCACUGGGAUUUUCAAAGUUGGGUGCCUUUACUUUCCCGAAUUCUGCCUUCUGAUGCUUGUAAAAUACACAAACAAGGUAUAAAUAUCAGGCUGGACACAACUCUGAUAGACUUUACUGACAUGAAGUGCCAACGAGGGGAUUUGAGCUUCAUUUUUAACGGUGACGCCGCACCCUCCGAAUCUUUUGUAGUUUUAGACAAUGAGCAAAAAGUUUACCAGCGAAUACACCACGAGGAAUCUGAGAUGGAGACAGAAGAAGAGGUUGACAUUUUGAUGAGCAGUGAUAUUUACUCUGCCACCUUAUCCACCAAAUCCAUCACGUUCACACGGGCCCAGACUGGCUGGCUCUUCAGGGAGGACAAAACUGAAAGAGUAGGAAACUUCCUGGCAGAUUUCUACCUGGUGAAUGGACUUGUGCUGGAGUCCAGGAAAAGGAGGGAGCACCUCAGUGAGGAGGACAUCCUCCGCAACAAAGCGAUCAUGGAGAGCCUGAGCAAGGGGGGCAACCUCAUGGAGCAGAACUUUGAGCCCGUGCGCCGGCAGUCGCUGACGCCGCCGUCCCCCAACACCAUCUCCUGGGAGGAGUACAUCUCUGCAGAGAGUGGCAAGGCUCCUCACCUGGGCAGGGAGCUGGUCUGCAAGGAGAGCAAGAAAACCUUCAAAGCCACGAUAGCAAUGAGCCAGGAAUUCCCCCUAGGAAUCGAAUCGUUGUUGAAUGUCUUAGAAGUCAUUGCACCCUUCAAGCACUUUAACAAACUUAGAGAAUUUGUUCAAAUGAAGCUUCCACCAGGCUUUCCUGUCAAAUUAGACAUCCCCGUGUUCCCCACCAUCACGGCCACUGUGACCUUCCAGGAGUUCCGCUACGACGAGUUCCACGACUCCAUCUUCAGCAUUCCCGACGACUACAAGGAGGAUCCCAGCCGCUUCCCCGACCUCUAGGGGGGCUGGAGGUUUCCUGGGGACCCCCCCCGUGGCAGGCAAAGGGAAUGGCUGCCCCCACAGCAGAGCAGAGCCGUGGGGCACAGCAAGGGAUGAACUCCGUGAGCCCAAAGGCAGCAAAGGGAACGAGCGGCAGUGCGAUGUGCUGGCACUGCACUGGGCAUCAGCCCCUCCAGCUCCUGCUUCCCAGAGCCUCCUGCUGCCAUUCCCUUUGGCACAGCCCUGGAGCUGCCACCCCCCAGCUGGGAGGAGCUGCUGGUUUUUAAAUUUUUUACACUGCUGGACCUUGGCACCGAGCUGGGCCCGGGGCUGGGGGUGAGCCCCUCCCUCCUUCCCGUGCUCCCUGUUCCCUGAGCUCCCAGCUCAGCCAUGGAAUGUUGGAAGGUAUCCCCAAGGAAUGCCUUGGCUGUAGGUGAAUGAACCAAAUGGGCACCAUUGACACUUGGGUUUCCUGCUGCACCCCAGGGCAGAGGCUCCUCCAGAGCCCCAGCCCAGCCUGGUGCUGUCCCUGCCUGAUCCCCUCAUUCCCCCUUCCCUCCCUGCUCUCUGCUCCCUGCCUGGCUCCCUGGGGUUUUGGGGAGCACUCCAGGGCUGCCUGGCCAGGAAUGUCACCUGUUCAUCCUUUAUUUGACCUCACUUGGGAGAGGUGUCCCAGCACCACCAGCUCAGUCUGUGUGUGCCCUCAGCAGCCUGGAAAUGUGGGAGAGCUGAGGAUUGCCCCUUCCUGCAGGAGGGAGAGCUCAGCAUUGCCCCUUCCUGCAGGGGGAGAGCUCAGCAUUGCCCCUUCCUGCAGGGGGAGAGGAGAGCUCAGCAUUGCCCCUCCCUGCAGG